CAACGCGCAUGCGGCAUUUAUCACUAAUCCAAGAUGGCUGACAUGGGAACAGAAACGAAUGUUGAUCCUGACGAGUUCAACCCACAGGAUUGGAAGGCGGUGUCACUUACCCAUGUUGAAUACCCUAAAGGAGAUUUCUUAGGUUUGAUCUUGGCAUGGUUCAGCUUACUUCCGUUUAUGCUCAUUGUGAGCUUCGUAACCCUCACUCUGUUCCGUAGAGAUUUACACACGAUUGCAUUUUUUGCUGGCAUUGUGAUGAAUGAAGCUAUCAACUUGGCUGUGAAACACACAGUCAGGGAACCACGUCCCCUUAGAGGUCGUCAAAACUUGUACACAGAGUACGGGAUGCCAUCCAGUCACUCUCAGUUCAUGUGGUUCUUUGCAACAUACUUCACAUUGUUUCUUUUGAUCAGGUUAUACAAGAACUCCAAUAUAAUUGAUGACCUGUGGAAGUAUGCCUGUGGUGCCGGGGGCGUCAUCUGUGCUUUCAUUGUUGGAUGGAGCAGGGUGUACCUGAAGUAUCACACAGUGAGCCAAGUAGUCCUGGGUGGGGCGCUGGGCUCCGUCAUGGCCGGUCUGUGGUUCGCUCUUGUGCAGCUUCUGCUGACCCCGUUGUUCCCAUUGAUUGCUAACAGCCCUGUGGGGGAACUGUUCAUGCUGAGAGACUCCACGUUGAUCCCGCAUGUUUUGUGGUUCGAGUACACCUGCUCCAGGUCAGAGGCCAGGAGCAGACAGCGAAAGAUGUCCUCUCGCAAGUCCCAAUGAUAUGAGGCUUUUCUAGAGCAGCUGCUAGGUAGGAACUAAUGUAACACUGUACUAACUGGCUUGUGCCCCACCCUAUGUGCGACCCGCGGAGUGAGGCGGGUGGGCGGGCAACAGAUCACCGGAGAGCUCCCGCUGCACCGAGUAGGGAGGUGACGGGAAAUGUGCUGUGAUACUCGAGAAAAUCUACGCAGAAUAUAUGAGCAUUGCUUCCACGUGUUUGUAGAGAUUUUUUUGGUUUUUAUCUCAGAUUUAAAUGAUUGUGUGUAUUUUUAUUCUUGUUCUACUAGUGCUAGUAGUGUGUGGGUUUGUGCAUUUUUCCGUUGAUUGCAUGGAUGCUGUUUCCUGGCCUGUUUUCGAGUGUGUUGCUUCUUUUUUUGGGGUUUUUCUGGUGCUCUUUUCUUUAUGUUUUGAAGGGGGGUGGGGGUGUCUUUUCCCUAUUAAAAAAAAAAUUUGAAGCUGAAUUUUAAAAACAUAUUACCUGACUUCUUAACUCUUUCCAUGUAAGAUGAAGUCAAUAGAACCGAGUAGUAACAUGUUUUCAACAAGAAUUAUCGUUAUUAGUUGUUUUUGAAAAAUUACUAAAAACAUGGACAAGAAA